AAUUUCAGAGUUACACGGGAAGAAGAAUUAUCCGGGAAGAUAUUCUCAGAUGUUUCUAACUGCAAUUCAGAAAUGUUCCAAUACACUUGCAUGCACUUCUGCACUCACUGCAGGAGUUGCAUCAUACCCGGGCUUACAAUUGCAGUCAGAUUCACCAGCAUUUGACCAGUGCUGUUCCACUGAUGUUUGUCUAAAAACAAAGUAUUGCCAGCCCUCAUUCAACGAAAGUUCUCAUAGUCUACAGAAUGGAAAAAUAAAGUCACCGAGUGCAAAAGAUUUACCGAAAUGCCUCGGAAAUGAAAAGUCUCAAAUUCUGAAAGAAAAUUUGGAGCAUGAAAAUUCUGAAAAGCAGAAUUUAGCACAAUUCGAUUCACGAAAAGAGUUUUAUCUACGGGAAAACGAAGUCAAAAUGGCAAGAAAUACAGGUAUUGGUAUUGGUGACGAAAGGAUGGAAACAUAUCUGAUGAAUGCAUUGCUUUCGAAAUCUGCGGAUGGUAGUACACUCAAUGGUAUGAACAUCGCUAUGUUUGAUUUACACUCAAGGCGUUUUGCUGAACGAUUACUCCAUGCUGGUGUUUCUAGUCUUUCCAUUGUUGAAGUAUCACAGUAUGAAGCUCAGAAAGCGAAGGAUUAUGCAGGAAAGAUGCGAAAAAAGAGCGGACUAAUAGUCGGAGCAUACCGAGCCAGUAUGGAAUCAUUAUUUCCACUUUGUACACGGAAGAAGCAGGCAAUAUUCCCUGCUAAACUGCUCUUUGCCAGUCAACAGCUCAUGAGGGGUGCCGUUAAUCCGUUUACGUUACUGAAAAGAAAUAUGGCACAGAUGGAUGACGAGUCCGGUAAUAAGCAAAGAUUCGCGCCGAUAAUAAUUGGUUGUUUAUCUACCGCCAGUCAACAAUCUAAUAUGCUUACUUCAAUGAUCUUUAAUUUCAUCAUGCAUUUGUGUGCAGUGAAAAAGGAUACAAUGUUUCAAUAUGGUGCCGUACAACUUAUCACAUUUCUUUCAGCUGGCAAUUUUGUGCUGGCAACUUGCGCCGUGGACCCCAAUAUGCAGUUCGUAUCAAAUGGAAGCAAACACAAAUCUUGGCUACUCAAUAAAUUAUUUACUAUUAAGCCAAUAUCCGGUUAUUCAGGAUUUCCACGCAACACCUUCAGCCCCCCAUUUCCGCUCUCCAGUUCUCUCUCUUAUGAGAAGAAAUUUAAUUCGCUUGGUAUUAGAAACGAAAAUCUAUACGGUGUGACAAUAGAACCGAGAAGCGAAAUUGAUAUUGAUAAUCUGAAUACAUUGAUCAGUUCGAGUGAGGAAAUUCUAAUGAAGUACGCAUUCUGGAUUACUUUUACGGGCAAAAUGACUGCUAAAACAAAAGUUGCUCAAAAACUCAGGGAAUGGCUUCCAAAAGCAAGCGUAGAUCUAAGCUCUGUGGUUGAAUCAGAUGCUAAAGUUGCUGAUUUGAAGCUAGAAGAUUUCGAUAAAAUGUUUUCUUUACUGCACACGGAGUUGAACGAUGAUUUCACGCAUAUUAAUGAGCUAAGGAAUUUUUAUGCUCAUUUCAGGUCUGCAACUGAAAAUGCUAAAUUUGCCGAUUAAUAAGAUAAUUGCAGUGUUUACAAAUGCUUGUAUUGCAAUGUGUGAUGAAAGGCGAUUUACAACGAACAGUAGUCCAAUGAGUUAAGAUUUGAUAAAUAUAUCCAGGAAGGUUAACAGAAAUGAAAAUAAACUAAGCAGAAUGCUUGCCAAAUUAUCAACAAUAGUGGAUUUUGUCAGAUUAUGAAGUCAGAUUCUAAGAAGAACAGUUGCCUUUCAGUUGGACUAUACUCUGCUGUAGGUUUCUGUGCUUUACGUUUUAGCUUUUAUAAUUGUGUUUUCUGAACAUCUCAGUAAAUCACAUUUCAGACCUUACCCGGGGUAUUAAUCCUCUUUUCAUAUUAUCCAAUGUUCUCUUCCAAAAGUUCACCACUUUUAUAGCUUAUUAUUCUUCAUCUGAAUUUUCCGCCUGUUACCACAUUUUCAUUAAUUUGCAGGAGCCGGAAAAAUCAUAGCAUAAUUGCUCGGAUUUUCAGUAAGUCUUACAUAAAUUCACGUUGACAUAUGUUUUUGUACAGUUUUUGCUACUCCAGCAGUUGUACUGUAAACAUAGUUUACAGUUUUAAACAUAGUUUAAGAAGCGCUCGGC